AUGAGGGGUGGCAAAAACCGGAAGCUACAUUUAAGCAAGAUCUAUUCGUUCACAUGUUUCAAGGCGAGUUCUGUUGAUGGCGGAGAUCAUUCACAAAUUGGAAGUAGAGGUUAUUCGAGGGUGGUUUUAUGCAAUGAACAAAACAGUACUAAUGAUGAGGAAGCUGUGAUUAAGAAUUUUGCAGAUAAUUCUGUCAGAUCUACGAAAUAUACUGCUGUUACUUUUCUUCCAAAAUCACUUUUUGAACAGUUUAGGAGAGCAGCUAAUUUCUAUUUUUUGGUUGCUGGUGUUUUGGCUUUCACUAAACUUGCUCCUUAUAGAGCUGUUAGUUCUAUUCUUCCUCUUGUGGUUGUUAUUGGGGCAACAAUUGUGAAAGAAGGUAUUGAAGAUUGGCGUAGGAAAAAGCAGGAUAUCGAGGUAAACAAUAGAAGAGUUAAAGUUCAUAAAGUUGAUGGAAUUUUUGAAUAUACUGCAUGGAAGAAUCUGAGGGUAGGGAAUAUAGUGAAGGUAGAGAAAGAUGAGUUUUUCCCAGCAGAUCUUGUAUUGCUUUCGUCGAGUUAUGAGGAUGCAGUCUGUUACGUGGAGACGAUGAACUUGGACGGUGAGACAAAUUUGAAGUUAAAACAAGGUUUAGAGGCAACUUCUUCGUUACAUGACAAUCUCAGCUUCAAAAAUUUUAAAGCGACUGUCAAAUGUGAAGAUCCAAAUGCAAAUUUAUACUCGUUUGUAGGGAGUAUGGAGUUUGGAGAGCAAAAGUAUGCCCUUUCUCCUCAGCAACUUCUUUUGCGAGACUCUAAGCUUCGUAAUACAGACUAUAUUUAUGGAGCUAUCAUUUUCACCGGUCAUGACACUAAGGUUAUUCAGAAUUCUACUGAUCCACCUUCGAAGAGAAGCCGAGUUGAGAAGAAGAUGGAUAGAGUCAUCUACUUCUUGUUUUGUAUUUUGUUUCUGAUGGCAUCUGUAGGAUCUAUUUUCUUUGGCUUUAUAACUAAAGACGACUUGCAAAAAGGGGUGGUGAAAAGAUGGUAUUUAAGGCCUGAUAAUUCUACAGUUUUCUUUGAUCCGGAAAGACCGGCUGCGGCUGCUGCAUUUCAUUGUUUGACAGCCUUAAUGUUAUACGGCUUCUUUAUUCCAAUCUCUUUGUAUGUGUCAAUAGAAAUUGUCAAAGUCCUUCAGAGCAUUUUCAUCAAUCAAGACAUCAAUAUGUACUACAAAGAAGCAGACAAACCAGCACAUGCUCGCACUUCAAACUUGAACGAGGAGCUCGGUCAAGUUGACACAAUACUUUCUGAUAAAACUGGAACUUUGACCUGCAACUCCAUGGAAUUCAUCAAAUGUUCGAUCGCUGGUGUAGCUUAUGGUCGUGGUGUUACAGAGGUUGAGAAGACUAUGAGUAGAAGAAAAGGUUCAAAGUUAGUACGUGAGCAUGAUAUAUCGGAAAAUGACAUCAGUGAUUCUCUUGAUAAUAAAAAAGUCAUAAAAGGUUUUAACUUUACUGAUGAAAGAAUAAUGAAUGGAAAUUGGGUAAAUGAGCCUUGUGCAGAUAUUAUCCAGAAGUUUUUUCGCCUUUUAGCAGUCUGUCAUACAGCUUUACCAGAAGUAGAUAAAGAAACAGGAAAUGUGUGGUACGAGGCUGAAUCUCCAGAUGAAGCCGCAUUUGUUAUUGCGGCAAGAGAACUUGGUUUUGAAUUCUACAAAAGGGCUCAGACUAGUUUAUCGACAUACGAGUUGGAUCCAGUUUCUGGCAAGAAAAUUGAGAGGGUGUACAAGAUUCUCAACGUGUUAGAGUUCAAUAGCUCAAGGAAGAGAAUGUCGGUAAUAGUAAAAGACGAUGAAGGAAAAAUUCUACUACUAUGCAAAGGUGCUGACAGUGUCAUGUUUGAAAGACUUGCCAAGAAUGGGAGGGAGUUUGAAGAGAAAACCAUGGGACAUGUGCGCGAAUAUGCUGAUGCAGGUCUCCGAACUCUUAUACUUGCCUAUCGUGAACUUGAAGCAGAAGAAUACAAGGAGUUUAAUAACAAAUUCUCUGAGGCCAAGAAUUUGGUUUGUGCAGAUCGGGAAACAUUGAUUGAGGAAGUUUCGGAUAAUAUGGAGAAGAACCUAAUCCUUCUUGGUGCUACUGCUGUAGAGGACAAGCUCCAAAAUGGGGUUCCUGAUUGUAUUGAGAAGCUUGCCCAAGCGGGAAUUAAGAUUUGGGUUUUGACUGGGGAUAAAAUGGAGACCGCAAUCAAUAUAGGGUUUGCUUGUAGUUUACUUAGACAAGGAAUGAAACAGAUUAUAAUUCAUUUGGAUAGUCCAGAAAUUCAAGCAUUGGAAAAAGAUGGGGACAAGAGAGCUAUUACCAAGGCAUCAAGGCAGAGUAUCCUGUUUCAGAUACGUGAAGGUGCUGCACAGCUUACUGCACACAAAGGGAACUCUCAGCAGGCCUUUGCUCUAGUAAUUGAUGGUAAAUCACUUGCUUAUGCACUUGAGGAUGAUAUGAAGAACAUGUUCCUGGAGCUUGCAAUUCGUUGUGCAUCUGUUAUUUGCUGUCGCUCAUCGCCAAAGCAGAAGGCACUGGUCACUAGAUUGGUCAAAUCUGGAACUGGUAAAACAACGUUAGCUAUUGGCGAUGGAGCUAAUGAUGUUGGAAUGCUUCAGGAAGCUGAUAUCGGGGUUGGUAUAAGUGGCGUCGAAGGAAUGCAGGCUGUUAUGUCUAGUGACAUUGCAAUUGCACAAUUCCGAUAUUUGGAACGAUUACUUCUGGUGCAUGGGCAUUGGUGUUACCGAAGAAUCUCAACAAUGAUAUGCUAUUUUUUCUACAAGAACAUCACAUUUGGUUUCACUCUAUUCUUGUAUGAGGUGUAUGCAUCAUUCUCAGGAGAACCUGCAUAUAACGACUGGUUUUUAGCUCUCUAUAAUGUCUUUUUUUCAUCACUUCCUGUGAUUGCUCUCGGUGUAUUUGACCAAGAUGUAUCUGCUCGGUACUGCCUCAAGUUUCCUUUGUUAUAUCAAGAAGGAGUACAAAAUGUCCUUUUCAGCUGGCGUCGAGUACUCAGCUGGAUGCUUAACGGAUUCUUUAGCGCCUUAUUAAUUUUCUUCUUCUGCACAAAGGCAAUGGAGCUACAAGCCUUUGAUUCAGAGGGAAGAACUGCCGGAAGAGAUAUAUUAGGAAUAACCAUGUACACUUGCGUAGUUUGGGUUGUAAACUUGCAAAUGGCAGUAGCUAUAAGUUACUUCACCUUGAUCCAACAUUUUUUCAUCUGGGGUUCCAUAUUUUUCUGGUACAUUUUUCUCCUAAUAUAUGGAGAAGUGCCUCAAAAGAUUUCGGAAAAUGCUUAUAAAGUCUUUGUUGAAGCUCUCGCUCCUUCGCCUUCCUAUUGGAUAGUAACAUUCUUUGUGGUUAUCUCAACCCUAAUGCCAUACUUCUCAUACAAAGCAAUUCAGAUGCGGUUCUUUCCAAUGUAUCACGAAACGGUACAGUGGAUAAGACACGAAGGGAAGACCGAUGAUCCCGAGUACCGUGAUAUGGUGCAGCUAACGACUUUUGGUUCAACAGCUCGCUUAGAGGCCAAGGCUAACCAAUCGGCAGAUAAAACUAUUACUAACCGUAGAAAGUGUUUAUUUCAUCAUUAA